AUGGCGAAUAAAUUUGGAUUAGAUUCUUUACAUUUAGAUACUAAAAAAUCUAACACUACAGCAUGGAUAAAUAUAGCAAAACUUUAUUUUGUGGAACAAAUUGGAGACACACUUCAAGAACAAUUACUUAAUGUAGUAGAUAAAACUCAAUUACAACCUUUAAGUUCAUUAAUAUCUAAUUUAGAUGAUAAGAUUACAAAACAAAAAAUAGAUCUUAAACAACUAAUAGCCAAUAUUAAUCCAGGUAUAAGUGAAGAUAAAUUAACAACAUUAGAAAGUAAACUUAUUGAUAAUAGUGAAAUACAAAAACAAAUAGUUGGUAUUAAACAACAAUUACUUAAUGUAGUAGAUAAAACUCAAUUAGAAAAUUUAAAAUCAUUCAUAUCUAAAUUAGAUGAUAAGAUAACAAAGCAAAAAAUAGAUCUUAAACAACUAAUAGAUAAUAUUAAACCAGGUAUAAGUGAAGACACGUGGCAAAAGGAAUCAACUGCUCUAGAAACUAAAUUUAAAACUGAAUUACAAAAAGAACUAACAAAUAUUAAACAACAGAUAGAAAAUAUAUUGAUUAUAGUAAAAGUUGAUUCAAUAUUCUUUACACAAAAAUCAGAAACAUCUAAUCAAUUUAAUGCUCAUAAAGUUCUUCAGUUUAUCAAUGGUAGAGAAAAUGUAGAAGCUAAAGAAUUUGAAAUUAACGAUGAAAACACCAAGGUUUUUCCCCACUUAUAUGAAAUCAAAACAAAUGGAAAAUAUAUAGAUAGGUUUAGAAUGUUAAUUUUACCAGAUAAUGAAGAUGAAGUAUUUGGAUUGGGUAAAUUUCAUAUGAUGUUGGAGACGGAAACUCCACCAUCAAAAUUUGCGCCCCACAAUUGUAAAAGAGGAAUUAGAUUGGGAUUUAUAUUUACACAACUCACAUUUCUGUCUUAUAAGAAAAAAAAAAGUUUGGUUAUUAAAGAAAUAGAAGAUAAUUAUGAACAAGUAUGGAAAACGUGUAGAGACGAUAACGCAGUAACACAGGUUUCACCUCUGAAACUAAACGUGUUUUCAAGUAUAAGUGAUGCAGGGUUAUUUGCUUGGGAUUGUAAAACAUAUUCAGAAAGUGAAACGCGUAAAGCAAUUCCUUAUGCGUGUACGUUAAUUAAUUUAGAAAAGCUAAGAAAAAUGUUAGACAGAACAAAUAAUCUCUUUCCAGAUUUAAUGAAUGUUCCAGAAGAAUUUUAUGAUAAACUAAUGAAAAUAGUAGAAAUAUUUGUAGGUACAGAUUGUAUAGAUCAAAUGUUGAAAUAUUUACGUCAAUAUGAUAGAAAGAGAUUAAUAUUAAUUUCUCAUAACGGUAGCAAUUUUGAUAACUGGAUCGUGCUUAAAAAUGUAAAAAAACUAACACAAUGCCCUUUAAAAACACCCAGAGGAAUUAUAUCUUUACCUUUAUCUAAUCCAUACACAGAUGAAGAUUUACAGAAAAAAUAG